AUUUGUUUUUAAACGCUAUUCACCCCCCCUCUAGCGUUGGGCCUUUAUUCUAACAAUUGGUAUCAGAGCCUUACUCUCUGUAAGACUUAAUCGUUUGAGAGAAACGAUCAAUGGCUUCUACUCAAAGUUCAUACGCAGGUUUAGGUGAAGGGCAAUCCACCACAAGGCCUCCGUUGUUUGACGGAACGAACUACACCUAUUGGAAGGAGCGGAUGAGGAUUUACAUCCAAUCCACAAAUUUUCUCCUUUGGAGAAUUAUCAAGAAUGGUGAAGACGUGCCAAUGAAGAAGGUCGGGGAAACCAACAUUCCUAAGACCGAGAACGAGUAUGAUGCACAAGACAUCAAGAAAGUGGAAAACAAUGCCAAGGCCAUCAAUAUCAUCUAUUGUGCCGUAAACCCGGAUGACUACCGGAAGAUAUCUUGUUGCACCACCGCGAAGGAAAUGUGGGAUAAACUAGAAAUCACAUACGAAGGUACGGAUCAAGUCCGAGAAGCUAAAAUUGAUUUUCUAACCCAUGAAUAUGAAUUGUUUCGUAUGAAGGAGAAUGAGAAAAUCGAUGAGAUGUUUGAACGAUUCUCCAAAAUCGUCAACGAUCUCCAUGCUCUCAAGAAGACGUACACGGACAAGGAGCUUGUGAGAAAAAUCCUGCGAAGUCUCACACCGGAGUGGCGGUCCAAAGCCGAUGCCAUCCAAGAGUCCAUUGGUGUCACCAACGUCACCAUUGACGGGCUUAGAGGGUUUGGCAUUAACCAUCUUCCGCGCCGCCGCUCUCUGCUUCCCUUCUCACACGUCGGCGUUCGUUGCUUCCCGCUCUCCCCCGGAGGCGUUCCUUCGAGGUCAGUUCCUCUGCCCUGCUAUUCCAUGUCUAUCGAGUCGUCCUCUGUUCGCACGUCCGAGGCCGUGCGCGAGCUCGGGCUCGACAGUCAUGGGUCCGGGGCUCAGGGCGACCGAGCGGAGCAGCCGGGUUCCCCGUCCGUUGAGGAGAUCACGGCUGUCGAGGUGCCCGGGGUUAGUGAGCCUCGCCUCCAGAAACAAACAUUGCUCGUGGACUCGCUCAUCCGCGAGUGCAAGUGCGACUUGUCGAGUGACGAGUUUCUCAGGGUGGUGCGCUACGCCGGCCCCCUUGUCACCGUCCGUCGCCCUACCCCGGAUGAGCCAGUCUUCGACGCUCCUCCGGGCUACUUUGCCAUCCAUCUCAAGUCCCUUGAGAGCGGCUUCCGCUUCCCCCUCGAAUCUUUGGUCAUCGACUUCUUCAAUUACUUUGACUUCCUCCUGUGCCAACUGGUGCCGAACUCCUACUGGUACUUAGCGGGGUUCUUGAUCCGCUGCCGGGAGAUGGGCGUGCGAGUCGACCUUGAGCGCCUAAUGACUUUGUUCCGAGUGGCAAAGUCUUCCGGGUCGGACGGGGGUUCUUUCGCCGCCCUAUGCCAGCGGCAAGAGAGACUUUUUAAAACCAAGAAGGAAUCCAACAAGACUUGGAAGUCCAAGUUUGUCUUCGUCUCCGUGGGGUCAACCUCCCCCUUCCGAGAGUCCCCCCUCAGUUCUUUUCGUAGACGAUCCAAACCCUUUGCCUCUUCCAAGGCUAUCGCUGAUACAGACAAGUUGUGUUCGGGUGGCCCCUACGAGCCCGGGGUCUUAGUGAAUGACGAGGCUCUGUCCAAGUUUGGGUUCGUCUUCCAUGAUGAGGACGAGCCCAAGCGCCGGGUUGUCCAGAGUCAGCUUGAAGAAGGACCCUCAGGUGAAAUCAUGAUCUUCGCGGCCGAUAGGAAGAAGCUGUUCAAGUCCAAGCCGCGAUCGGAGUCCGGCAAAGAACGACCUCCGCUUCCAACUCCCACACCGUCCGCCGAGCAUGCCCAGGCGAGUAAGAAGCGCAAGGAUGUGAGCUCCUCGAUGGAAGGGGCUUCGCUGAGCAGGGCGAGGUCUCCACCCUCGCGCUCGGUGGACUGCGGAAACCCAGCCUUCGUGAAGGUGGCAUUCCCCCUCAAGCCUUCAUUCUUGCAUGGGGACUAUGAGCCUCGCCGUUUUCUGCAGAGCUUCAUCCCUCCGCCAGACCGAAUGGAGAUAAGUUCGGCCGCCUCGAAAGACCUCGCCUCCACUCUCUUGCUCGAGUUGGGCUCAGUGGCCAUGCGCGCCCCAGAGCUGGUGGAGCGCUUCGAGUGGUAUGUGGCGGAGAAGGCAAAAGGCGAAGAGGAGCUUCGGAGGUUGCAGGAGCACGUGGCUGGCCUCGAGGGGGAGCUUGCUGAUGCCGAGGAGCGGGCUCGCACUGCUGCUGAGGAGAAGGUACGCCGCCUGGACGAGGAAGCCGAGCACGUGGUCGAGGCCUUUCAGACCUCCCCCGAGUUCGAGGAGGCGGCUCUCGCCCGCAUGGACGAUCUCCUAAAGAUCUGGGCUCGAACUCCCGCCGGCCAACGUUUCCUCUUCAAAGAGGGGCAAGCCAAUUACUCCAUGGGUUUGCAACGGGCUCAAGAAGUCUUGCUAGAGCGGAUCAGAGAUGGGAAGGAGCUACCGAAGCCAUGCGAGAACCCUGAGGAGUUUGACUCAUCCAUCUACUACUCCGAGGACGAGGACGCCACUGGCGGGG